UGUCAGUUCUCAUCUGGCCACCUGGGAACAGGACUGGCUUUGUAGGGCACAAUCCCUCUGAGGCCAGCAGCCAAGAGAAAAGCUUUGCUACGCAUACAAAAACCAGCAUGCAGGAUCCAAAUGAAGAUACAGAAUGGAAUGAUAUCUUGAGAGACUUCGGGAUUCUGCCACCAAAAGAAGAGGUCAAGGAUGAAACUGAAGAAAUGGUGUUACGCUUACAGAAAGAAGCAGAAGUGAAGCCUUAUGAAAGGAUGAAUCUGGAACAACUCAAAGAAGCUGAAGAUGUCUUUGAUGAUGAGGACAUGAAAGCUGUUGAAAUGUACAGGAAACGACGCUUAAAAGAACUGAAAGCUUUACAGAAGACGCACAGAUAUGGAGAACUCAGAGAAAUUUCUGGUGAACAGUAUGUCAAAGAAGUGACCAAUGCCCCCAAAGAUGUGUGGGUUGUCAUCCACCUGUACAAAUCAAGCAUUCCCAUGUGUUCACUAGUUAGCAGACAUCUCAGCCAACUGGCCCAAAAGUUUCCUGAAACCAAGUUUGUGAAAGCCGCGGCCAACAGCUGCAUUGAAAAUUACCACGACAGUUGCUUGCCUACCCUGUUUGUAUAUGAAAAUGGACAGAUCAAAGGCAAGUUCUUGGGAGUUAUGGAAUGCGGAGGAACAAACCUGACAGUGGAAGAACUUGAAUGGAAGUUGGCAGAAGUUGGGGCUCUCAAAACAGAUUUGGAAGAAAACCCCAAGAAGAACGUUGUGGAUAUGAUGACAUCGUCAGUUAGAAAUGCUUUCAUACGUGACUAAGUGGGGAUGGCAAAGAGAC